GUGAGGCUAGGUCACCACUGCCGAUUCCCCUUUCCCCUCCUUCCCAACCCGACGCUGAUCCUCGCCGCCUAUCGACGCCGCGAUACUUCUUCUCCCCGCAUACAUAACCACCAGCCAAGAGUUACUCAACGCCGGCUGAAGCCUCAUUGAGUCGUGCCUUGCUCCGAUCAACGCCAUAGCUGCCGUCGCCGAGCCCUAACUCUUCCCCGACGCCGGAGCCACGAGGAAAUCGAUCGCGCUAGCACCAAGCGACCACCGCCGGCUAAGGCUCUUCUCCACUGCUGUUAUUUGUAUUAACAGCUCAUAUGAUUACCUUUAGACAAUGAAUGCCAAAGAAACUCGUAUCGGCCAUCAACGAUCAUAUGAUUCAUACCACCGCCGUCGUCGUGCUGGAGCAGAACCACGACCUCGGCGGCCAGUGGCUCUACCAAGACGCUGGCUCCGGCGCUGCCACAGUCCACAGCAGCGUCUACGCCUCCUUGCGCCUCAACACGCCCAAAAUUUACACAGAGUUCAGCGACUUCAUGUUCACUCCCGUCGAAGGAAGAGACACCAGGAACUUCCCCGGCCACCGCGAGUUCUUCCUCUACCUCAAAGACUUCGCCCGGUGUUUCGGGUUGAACGAACUCAUCAGGUUCAACACAGAAGUAGUCCACGUCGGCAUGGCGGCAGCAACUGGCAAAUGGAUUGUGAGAUCAAGGGACAGGAGAACUGAUGACGGUGAGUUCAUGGAAGAGAUCUUUGAUGCGGUUGUCGUCGCCACCGGCCAUUUCUCCCUACCCAGGCUCUCAAAAAUCAAGGGAAUGGAGGAGUGGAAGAGGAAGCAACUUCACAGCCAUGUCUACAGAGUCCCAGAGCCAUUCCAAGAUGAGGUGGUAGUGGUCGUUGGUGGCUCAAUCAGUGGACCAGAGAUUGCUCUGGAGCUUCUUCAUGUUGCCAAAGAAGUCCAUAUAAGUACUAAACACGUCGAAAUCCCUCAUAAAUUAGUGAAGCCUGUGUCCAAAUAUGCACAUCUGCUCUGGCACCAAGAGCCAGACUCCGAGACUCACCUGCUAACUAUCCAAUUCAAAUGGAACGGCAUCUUGAAGUCCGUCUCCACUUCUCUAGUUGGAGUGAGCCUGGAAUUUGAAAUUGCACUCUAGACUAUUUUUUCGUCGGCGGAGUCGAUAACCAUGUUGUUCUAGGCCCAUACUCUGUCAACAUAAAGUGCUACAGGCUGGGAAAGGAUACAAUUGGUUCUGUUUUCCCUGUUGCCAAAGAUUAGUCACACGCAGGCUUCAGUAAACGGUUUUCUUUCAACAAUUUGCCAUCACUUUGUUGUUUAUUGGACAGUAGACACAAUGAUAAAGCAGUGGAAAGAUUUUAUUAUCAUUUUUUUUGUUUUGCAAAGAUUCCAAAGCCUUAAUUUCUACCCCAUAUGAUAAAGCAGUGGAAUGAUGUUUUCUUCCAUUCCAAACAAUCCAUAUGGUGUAUGAAUUACAUUCAGUCCAGUAUAAAUUUAGCAUUUUCGCUUCAGAGGUAAUUUAUGGGUUUUAUUCUACAAUCAUGUUUACUAAUUGAUCAGAUUGAUUAAGAAGGGUGUUGGAGUAGCUUGGUAAAUUUGUUUUGCUAGGUUAUGAUAAAUUAGCAUUCAGCAGAAUAGAUGUUUGGAUUUCUUCUUCAAAUUACACAGUAAUAUUUCUCUUGUCAUUGGUGAAACAAUCAAUCCACUCUCAUUAUAACUUCCACAACAGAAAAUUUUAUGUUAUUUGCCUACUACCAAUGUAGUUUAACUGAUUUUACAUUGACUGAACAAGGUUGAUUUUAUUUAGGUAUCAAACUCUCCCAUUUGUUUUAGAUAUUACAUGUCUUGUUUGUUAAUUUCUCCAAACCAUUAUUUCUCAAUUUGUUAACAAGGAAACUCAUGUUAACAUAGUCAUGAUCAGAGCCUAAUUAUAGUUUACAAUUAUCUGAGUGUUAUUGAUUAACUGUUCUGUCCUUUCUUUUGGUUUUUUUUUUUUAUAAAUUUGUGCACUCAUUUAGAUGGUUUAUUAUUCUUGUUGUGAUGAAUUCAGGUCUAGUGAAAAUACUGAAGAAGUAUGACUAGAGAACAGGAGCACUUAUCAAACUCGUGAAGGAGUGUGUGGCUAUGCUCGACCACCUCUUCCCCAGCAACAACCUGUCAAUUUCAGCAGAAUGCGACGGACAAAAUGGAGUGACAAAGCCGGCACAAUCAGGUGGGAGGGUUUCGGAGUUGGAGGAGAUUAAAUAUAUGCAGAGCUUAUACAUGAAGAGCACCGUAGCAGCGCUGCGGUCCUUGAAACAGAUUAGGAGCAAAAGUUCAACAGUCA